AUGGAAGAAACAUCCCCACAACGCCAACAAGACCUACAGGCGCAACAACAACAAGAAGAAAUUAAAGAACAAAAUACGGGCUCAACGAAUUAUCUUUCAACGGGUAGAUAUGCUCCACAUCUAUCGGAAUUCUAUUCAAUCUUUAAUAAUAGAAACCAAGUACCUUCUAUCUCGUUAGACAACACGUCCAUUACUACAGAACAUUUUCAAAAUGCUUAUAGUAGAAGACCUUCUAGCAUACGAUCAACAACAAGCACUAUAAGUGAUUUACAAACUUUAGUAACAAAAAGAGAUAUGCAAAAUACCUCAGCUGCUAUUAUUGAUCUUUGGAAAAGUUCUGCAGCUUAUUCGAAAUCAUUGAAAAAAAAUGCAAAAAAUUCAAGUAGAGUAGCUACCUCUAUCGAGACUUUAGCUAAACUGAAAGGUUGUAAUGAUGAAACCGCAAAAAAAUUAUUAAACGCCAGUGGAUUAUUCCAUCUACUAUCCAAUCAUGAACAGAUCAUGUCAAAUACUUUAGAAGUUUUAAUAAAUAAUAAUAUCGAUGUCAUUCUUCAUGAUUUCGAACAAAAUUCAAAAUCUUUACAAAAUCAAUUUAAAAAAAAUUGUAAAGAACAAAGUAACAAACUAAAAUUACAAGAAAAAUAUAAUACUCAAUUGGCCAAGAGGAAAGUUAGAAACAUCAUUUCUUAUAGAGAAAGUUUAACAAAUUUACAAAUACAAUUGGAUCAAUUAGAACAACUGAGACAUGACUUUUAUCAGGAUUCUUACUUAUUAGUGGAUUCUACUUGUAACCAACUAUUAAAAGAUGUUGCAAGCUUAUCAAGAGCUCAAGUAGAAAUUUGUGAAAAUAUAGCUAGAAAAGGUUGGUCUGGUGGUGGUUUAGAUGAUUUAUUAUUAGAUGCAGAUGAUCCUUUUAGCAAAGAUGAAGAAGAUGAUGAAGAAGAAGACGAAGAAGGAAAUAAUAAUAAUAAUACUAAUCGUAAUUUUGAUGCUGAUGACCCAUAUAGAACACCAAGAUUAGAAUAUGAAGCUCAACAACGAGAACAACAACAAGAACUAUUAAAACAACAAUUACAUUCUCCAAUGAUCUCGCCACAACAAGAUCAACAAAAUACUCAUUCAGAAAUGAAUUCAACUCUCGAUAAAAAUUUAACUCCAAUUAAUAAAUCAUCUCCAGUCAAUAAUUAUUCUAGCAAGAGCUAUACAUCCACCAACGGAAACUCCCCUAUAAUACGAACUAAUAGUGACACAGAACAAGAUAAUUACUACUCAAAAACUUCUGGAAGUGUUAAAUUAGCCCCAACAUUUCGAGAUUUAGAUACUCCUAUAUACGAGGAAGAACAUUCUUUUUCACUACCAAAGGCAAAUAGUGUGAAAAGUAAUGACGAACCCAAUUUUGAUAAUGUAAACAUCUUACCGCAUGAUAUACUAAUUACGACAGAUACUUCUAAUGUAGUUGAUCCACAAGUAAAUAAAGAUGAUGCAAUUGCAGAACAAAUACCUCAAAAUGGCAUUAAUGAUAUUAUAGAAUCUUUAAGGGACACUCAUAUAUGA